AUGUCCGACCUGACGGAGCAGUAUCCCGAGUACAGUCGGACCGCGAAGCUCGACGCUCUGCGGGCCACGCAGUACGGCUAUCUCGACGAGCAACGACACAUCUACCUCGACUACACCGGCGCCGGGCUCGCCGCCCGCUCCCAGCUCCGGGCUCACAGGAGCCGGCUGGACGGCGCAACGUUUGGAAACCCGCACUCGGAGAACCCGACCAGCCGCUCCGCCACGGAGCUGGUCGAGCGGGCGAGGCGCCGGGUCCUGCUGCACCUCAACGCGUCUCCCGAAGACUACCACGUCAUAUUCACGCCCAACGCCACGGGCGCCGCCAAGCUCGUCGGCGAGUCGUACCCCUUCCUCAAGACGUCGAGGCUCGUCCUGACCGCCGACAACCACAACUCCCUCAACGGCCUGCGCGAGUACGCCCGGCGGGCCGGCGCAAAGAUGCGGUACAUCCCCAUGCGGCCAAAGGACCUGCGCAUCGACACCGAGGCCGUCGCCGCGGCGCUGGCUCCCCCCCGCGCCUGGCCGUGGCGCCGGGGGCAGCAGCAGCGGCAGCGGCAGCGGCAGCCCUCGAGCCGGCAGCGAGGCCUCUUUGUCUACCCGGCGCAGAGCAACUUCAGCGGCGUGCGCCAUCCGCUGAGCUGGAUCAAGCUCGCCCAGGACGGCGGCUACGACGUGCUCCUCGACGCGGCCGCCUACCUGCCCACGAGCCAGCUCGACCUGUCCGCCGUCAACCCCAGCUUCGUCAUCGUCAGCUGGUACAAGGUGUUUGGCUUCCCGACCGGCGUCGGGUGUCUGGUCGCGCGCCGCGACGCCCUGGCCAAGCUCGCCCGGCCGUACUUUGCCGGGGGCACCGUCAAGGCGGCCACCGUCGCCGUCCCCUGGCACGCGCUCGCGUCGGGCGAGGCCGCCUUCGAGGACGGCACCGUCAACUACCUGUCCAUCCCGGACGUCCACGUCGGCCUGGACUGGAUCUCGUCGGUCGGCAUGGACACCAUCGCCACCCGCGUGCGCUGCCUGACGGGCUGGUUCAUCGACCGCCUGCUCAAGCUGCGGCACAGCGACGGCCGGCCCAUGGUCGCCCUCUACGGCCCGGCCGACGUCGAGGCCCGCGGCGGCACCGUCGCCUUCAACUUCAUCGACGCCCAGGGAAAGGCCGUCGACGAGCGCCUCGUCGCCCACGAGUCCAGCAGGGCCCGCAUCUCCCUCCGCACCGGCUGCUUCUGCAACCCCGGGGCGGGCGAGGCCGCCUUUGGCAUCGCCGCCGGCACCCUCAAGCCCCUCGUCGGCCAGAACGGCGGCGCCUCCUUUGACGACUUCCUCCGCCUCGCGCAGCUGCCUACCGGCGGCGCCAUCCGCGUCUCGUUCGGCAUCGCCUCCACGAGCAGCGACGUCGACUACUUUAUUGCCUUUGCGUCGGCCACGUACAAGGACCGCGUCACCACUACCGACGGCCUGCCGCCCCGGCCUGGCUGUUGA